GUGAAACCCUCCAAAAGUCUUUCAUUUGCAAAGAGCUAGGACAAAUAAGCGGGCUGGGGGGGCUAGGUUUUCUCUAAAAGCUUAUGCAAGACUGAGGUCGAAGAGGGUUUUCAGUUCAAGACCCCGCUGUGAAGAUCCGUCGACGAGGCGGGCUUUGACCGUUACAGAUAUAUAUUAAGCUGAUAUGGAUGACAAUGACAUAGAACUGGAUGAGAUGGAAUUAGUUGCAGCAGCUGCUGGCUAUUACUAUUAUAAUCAUAUUUGUAAGCAGCCAUCUCGUAGUUCAUCCCUUAACAGAUCUGAAUUUAUGGAUGAAGUCUUAAAUGAUAAUGAUGAUCGAUGUCGUGAAAUGUUCCGGAUGGAUAAACAUGUCUUUUUUAAGUUGUGUGACAUUCUUCGACGGAGAGACCUUUUACAUGAUACCGCUGGUGUUAGGAUAGAAGAACAGUUGGCCAUAUUUUUAAACAUCAUUGGCCACAACGAGCGUAAUCGAGUCAUACAGGAACGCUUUCAACACUCUGGUGAAACCAUCAGCCGGCAUUUUAACAAUGUACUGAAAGCAAUCAACUCACUGUCACGGGAAUUUUUGCAUCCACCACAGACCACAACUCCACCGGAAAUCCUCAACAAUUCUAGAUUCUAUCCCUACUUCAAGGAUUGUAUUGGAGUGAUUGAUGCUAUGCACAUCCCUGCACAUAUCCCUGCCAAAGAUCAAUCUCGAUUUCGUAACAGGAAGGGUGUUCUGUCGCAGAAUGUAUUGGUGGCUUGCACUUUUGAUCUGCAGUUUAUAUUUGUCUAUCCUGGUUGGGAAGGUUCAGCUGCAGACUCACGUGUAUUAAGAGCUGUCCUUGAUGAUCCAGAUCAGAAUUUCCCCCACAUUCCUGAAGGUAAAUACUACCUUGUGGAUGCGGGUUACAGGAACACAGUUGGAUUUAUUGCACCAUUUCCAGGAGUUAGGUAUCACCUUUAUGAAUUUAAAGGUGCUAAUCAGCAACCAAGAAAUGCAAUGGAGUUAUUUAAUCACCGACACUCGUCACUAAGAAAUGCAAUCCAGCAGUCUUUUGAUGUUUUGAAGGAACGGUUUCCUAUUCUGAAAUUGGCCCCUCAAUAUGCAUUUCGUAUUCAAAGGGAUUUGGUUAUAGCUGCAUGUGUUAUACAUAACCACAUCCGGCGAGAAGGAAGAAAUGAUUGGUUAUUUACCAGCUUUCAGAGGAGGACUGCAGAAGAAUAUGAGAUCGAUCAACCUGAAGUGGAGUUGACUCAAACCUUCCAGGAACAAAUUGCUUUCUCACAACGGGAGUUGAUUAUGGCCGCAAUGUGGAAUGACUUCCUAAAUGAAUGGAAGGAUUGGUGAUUGGCAAUGCAGUGUUAAGGAGGUACUGCUAGCCUCUUCUUGUAGGUCUUACAGGAACUUGCAGUUGCUUCUUGGUUACAAUUUGGAGCUAUAUUGCCUUUUGUUAUGACUUAGUAGCUAUAUACUUUGUUCUUCUCUGAAUGUUUUGUUUUUGAUAAUUUUCGCAUUGUAGUUUGCCAAUUUUUUGCUUAAUGUAAUGACGUAAGAUGCAUGUUGUAGGAAGUAGAUUACUAAACAUUUAGUUCUGAAUUUCUUAUGUUUUAGCAUUGUCUAUAUGGAUAUUUCCUGAUAUUUGAAUUUUGAGAAGUACCUGCCCUCAUGUUUUA